AUGUGCGCCACGUUGAAGGCUUCUGGAAUACAGGCCUCUGGAGUACAGGCAUCUAGAGUACAGGCUUCUGGAGUACAGGCUGGAGUUCACGUCUCUGGAGCCCUGGGGCUGGGCGUGGUGGGCGAGGACUACGCCUGGGUGCUGCAGGGCGCCCCGGAGGACACGUGGUGGGGCGAGGACGAGAGCUCCGACGCGGCCUGCGAGGCGGGCCGCCUCAAGGACGCCGUGGAGGGCCUCCUGCUCGUGUCCAGCUACGGCAGGAGUCCCGGGGACACGCCGUCGGACUCGGGGAUGACGUACGACGAGUUCGUCUCGGCCGUGUCCAUGGAGGCCCAGCCCGUGUCCGACCUGGCGGGGCAGACGUUCGACGCGGUGUGGGCGCUGGGCCUGGCUCUGCGCAACGCCCAGCGGGUCUGGGCCUCCGCGCCGGGCGGGCCGGGCGGGCCUGCACCGCGCCUGCACCACUUCAACUACACCCGCAGGGACAUGGCCAUGGAGUUCCUGCGCCAGACCGCCCUGCUCAACUUCACCGGCGUCUCGGCCGGCGGGCACACCCCGGUGUCGCGGCGCGUGUGCGUGCUGCGCGUGGUGACGGUGCGCGCCGACGCCUUCAUGGCCAUCACCAGCCUGGCCGCCCUCGGCAUGCUGGUCGCCGUGCUGUGCCUCGCCUUCAACCUGCACUACCGCCGCCUCAAGUACAUCAAGCUGUCGUCGCCGCGCCUCAACAACAUGGCGGCCGUGGGGUGCGUGCUGGUGUACGCCGCCGUGAUCCUGCUGGGCGUGGACCACGCCACGCUGCCCGCCGGCGCCAGCGCGCCCUUCGCCGCCGUGUGCACGGCGCGCGUGUACCUCCUGUCGGCGGGCUUCAGCCUGGCUUUCGGCUCCAUGUUCACCAAGACGUACCGCGUGCACCGCAUCUUCACCAUGAGCCACGGCUGCACCAUCGGCACCAAAAAGAAGCUGCUGCAGGACACGCAGCUCAUGUCGCUGGUGGGCGCGCUGCUGCUGCUGGACGUGAUGCUGGUGACGCUGUGGGCCGUGGUGGACCCCAUGAGCCGCCACCUGCACAACCUCACCAUGGAGAUCUCGCCGUCCGACCGCGGCGUCGUGUACCAGACGCAGGUGGAGGUCUGCAAGUCGCAGCACACGGAGACGUGGCUGGGCGCGCUCUACGUGUACAAGGGCCUGCUGCUGGUGGUGGGGCUGUACAUGGCGUGGGAGACGCGGCGCGUCAAGAUCCCCGCCCUCAACGACUCGCACUACAUCGGGCUGUCGGUGUACUUCGUGGUGGUCUGCUCGGGGCUGUCCGUCGUGCUCGCCUCGCUGCUGUGGCAGCGCGUCACGCUGGCCUACGUCUGCAGCACGGCGCUCAUCCUGGCGUCCACCACGGCCACGCUGUGCCUCCUGUUCCUGCCCAAGCUGCACGCGCUGCAGACGGGCGCCGCGGACCCCGUCGGCCAGUCCAUGGGACUGCGGCUCAUGUGCAACACGCGGAGGUUCGCGGUGGACGAGUUCGAGGAGCAGCGCUACCGCGCCCAGGUGCAGAACAAGGUGUACCGCCGCGAGCUGGCCGCGCUCACGGCCGAGGCGGCGCGCCUGGAGCUGCAGCUGGAGGGCCCUUCCGUGGCCGUGUCGUCGGCGUCCGUGUCCGCGGUGAGGGCCGCGCCGCCCGACUGUGGAUUUUGCCAAAAGACCAGUGGAGGAGGGUGA